CUCCGCGCCGCUCGUGUUGUGCUGGUCUGCAGUCCGUCAAGCAAACGGAGUAAACUAGUGCUAAAUAGGCCUUUCCAGCUAGCUAGCAUUUCCAGCUCUGUAUGGGUGGUUAGAGCACAACCAGAAGGGGGAGGCAAAGGACUACUUACUGUCAAAGCUGGAGUCUGAGGAGAGCAGGAGAGGGACCACUACAGACCUGAGGCUAAGAGGAUGAAGAGCAUGCUGAAGUCCCGCAGAUCAGUCAGCCCCACCAGGGCAAACUCCACCAGCCGCAGCCCCACUAGACAGUCUCCUGUCAAGGGGGGCACAUAUGACUCAGAGCUGAUGAGGGUGUUGAGGGAGAGGGAUGAGUUGCAGAACAUGCUGGAUAAAUACGAACGGCACCUCUCUGAGAUCCAGGCCAAUGUCCGAGUGCUCACAGCUGAUCGGGACAAGACCAGGAUGCAUUAUCAGCAGGCUCAGGAGGAGAUAGCAGACCUGCGGCGCAUGGUGAUGAGGUCAAAGACAUCACGAGGACCCAAGUGUAGCGUGACGGCUCAGAGCAUCCUCAAGCGUGUAGAGACUGAGAGGGACGAGGCCAUGACUGACCUGCACCGCAUGACCACUGAGAGAGACAGCCUGAGAGAGAGACUCAAGAUCUCUCAGGAGACGGCUAUAAGUGAGAGAGCUCACCUGGAGCAGAGCGUAGAGGACCUGCAGAAUGCCGUACUGACAAUGGAGCAGGAACGAGCUGAGCAGAAGAGCAGACAGGCUCAGAUGAGGGAAGCAAUGAUGGGACUGGAGGAGGAAGUGCACACACUGGGCAGGAAACUGACCGCUAGCGAAGAUGAACUCAACCGCCUCAAGAACGAAUGCACUAUGUUGAGGUUGUCCAGCAGUCAUGCAGAGAGUGCACUGAGUGAGACGCAGCGGCGACUGACCAGCAGGAUUGGAGAGCUUCAGAACAUACAGGAGAAAAACAAACAGCUGGACGAGAGGAACGAUGUUUUGAUGAAGGAGGCAAGUAGUCUAAAAGAAGAGUUGAGGGCAUUACAGGACACUGUGUCUGAACUUGACCAGCACAGAGACAGACUGCAGGAACAGCUGGAGAAGAAAAGUGACCUUCUGUGCUCCGCUAACAAACAGCUAGAUGACAAGGAAAACAUCAUCCACACUCUACAGCUACGGAUCGAAGACCGUGAGACCACCAUAGAAGCAAUGAAGGAGACUGCAGUCGGCAGGGAGCGAGAGCUGGACGUUGUGAGGAGGAAGCUGUUGGACUCAGGAGACGAGCUGGCCUCUGUGCUGAAGGUCAAAGACGUUACACUGCGAGAGAACAUACAGCUCAGAGAUGAGCUGGACCGAGCACGACUGGACAAUCAGGCUUUGCAGCUCAAAAUGGAUGAGGCAGCUCAAGAGGUAGACAACUUGCAGAAGAAAGUGGAGAACUAUGUGUCUGACAUUGCUCGGAUUGAAGAUCUGCUGUCCUCCAAGGAGCGUGAGUGCAGGGAGCUGCAGGAGUGUCAGCGGCGGGUGCGCGUGCAGGCCGAGAGCUGGGAGGAGCAGGCCAGACAGGCAGAGAGCAGCGUCACUGACCUACAGCUGCAGCUCCGCACCUCAGACUCAGAGAAACGCAGACUCAAAGACAGAGUGGAGAGUUUGGAGAACAACCUGCAGGAGGCUCAUAGUACUGAGCGGAGCUGCAGUGCUGAUCUGGUGCAGCUGAAGGAGGAGUUACGGCGGGCGCAGGAUGAGCGCUCACAUGCACAUCGUGACCUGGAGAAGACCAAAGAGCUCUGUGUCAAACUGGACACCAGCAAAGAGGCGCUUCAGCAGGAACUGGAGGAAUGUCGUUCUGAGCUGGAGCUCCUGAGGAAGCAGCUGGUCAGUGAGCGUGCUUCAGCGCGCAGUCUGGAGGCCAUGCUGAUCAGCACAAGGGAAAAAGAGCUGCAAAGACAGCUCAGCUCUCAGGAGAGACUGACUGAGAUCCAGCUGCUCAGAGACAAGCUCACUGUGGCCGACAGCAAGGCGAGCACUCAGAGCAGAGAGAUGGCUCAGUUGAGGACUCGAUCAGCACAGCUGGAGGCUGACCUGGAGGCCACCAGGAGGCAGCUGUCCACUGAGCGCUUUGAGAGGGAGCGUGCAGCACAGGAGUUGCGCAGGCUUGGCCUCUCCUCAUCUUUGCGCUCUCCACUCCUCUCCUCCACUCUGCGCUCUUCUUCUCCCUCCCGCCGCUCCCUCAGUCCUCAUACGUCCUGGUCCCCCCUCCAAACCUCACCAGACCACCUGCCACCUGAACGCUCGCCAGACAGAUCCGCACAGCUUACACUACCAUGAAAGCAAUAGUUCAGCAAAUCGUAAAAAUCUUGUAUUUGUAGUCUUUUAGCAAAGAUGUUUGGUGUUCAGAGUUUUCAUCUUUCUCACUGGAGCUGUGAGACUAAUGUAGCUAACCAAUCAUAGACUUGCUCAUGUGGUUUCUGAAAGUGCGUGACAUACUGUCAUACAAAACUACGUACAUGAGCUCUAUUUGAGCUGGAUUAGUUUUAUAUGGGGAGGUGCUGUAAUUUGAGUGAUUACUGACAAGAUCUGUGGUUUUAAUCCAGUACAAAUCUGCAGAGUAGGUUUUAGAAGUCUGCUAAAUAAUCAUUUCAGAAUUAUUUACCUUCUGUAAUUUGCUGAAUCUGGAGCUCGGUCAGUAAUAAUAGUCCUGUUCUAAUCAGCCUCACAGUAAUGUAAUAAUAGAGUUUAACACAGUUUGAGGCAAGUGUAUGAUAAUUUAGGAAUGUAGUUUAAA